CAUCACACCAUGUCCGGAAGCCAGCCAUGCCGCGAAUCAAGUUCGAUUCUGCUUCCGACGAGCAGCCAAAGCCCGCCACCGGAAGCCACUUCCACCGCCGGAGGCCCCUCCAUGAUCGCCUGGGUGGAGGAAAAGUUGCUGACGUCUUGCUGUGGAGGAACAAGCACUUAUCGGCAGGAAUCGUCGCCGGCGCCACCUUCGUAUGGUUCCUCUUCGAGGUGCUGGAGUACCAUUUCCUCCCGCUGAUGUGCCACAUCUCCAUCGUGGCCAUGCUUGUGCUCUUCAUCUGGUCUAAUCUUGAAGCUCUUGUGCAUCGAGAUGCUCGGAGGAUGCCCGAACUCGUUCUAUCAGAGGAAGCCAUCAGAGGACUCGCUUUCUUCUUGCACGCCAAACUGAGUCGACUCACUUCCAUCCUCCUUGGCAUUGCAGAUGGCAAAGAUCUCAAGCUAUUUCUCUCGGCGAUUGCUUCACUUUGGGUUGUAUCUGUAAUUGGAAGCUACUGCAGCUCUUUGACACUGGCUUAUCUUGGUCUUCUGUGCGUUCUUGCGCUGCCGGCUUUGUAUGAGCAGUACGAGGAUGAAGUCGAUCAUCUAGCAAUGAGAGGGAGUGAAGAUCUGAAGAGAUUCUACCACAAGUUAGACUCCAGGAUUCUUGGCAAGAUCCCAAGAGGCCCUGUCAAGGCAAAGAAGUCCAAAUGAUCUUGCCAUUUGCUUUAGGAUAUGAAGUCAUGAACUCAUUGAAGAUUCCAUGUACUGAUGGAAUUCCUUAGCCAUGUUCAAAAGGAAUAAAUGGUUAAUACUGGCCAAUAUUAGUAGUUUCAUGUAUCGGUCAUGCCGGUGUAUCGACACUCGGUAACAACGGUAUAUGCUAAGCUUUGAAAAAAAAAAAAAAA